AAGAUGCAAACAGUGCAAACAUGGCAGAGGCCAAUGUGUUUUUAGCUCAGGAUCAGUUCACUUGUGCAAUCUGUUUGGAUCUUUUAAAGGAUCCUGUGACUAUUCACUGUGGACACAGUUUCUGUAUGGAUUGUAUCUCAGGCUGCUGGGAUCAAGAGGAUCCAAAGGGAGUCUACAGCUGCCCACAGUGCAGACAGACUUUUACUCCAAGGCCAGUUCUGGGCAGAAACACAAUGCUGGCUGAAGUGGUGGAGAAGCUGAAGCUUCUGGGACUCCAGUCUGCUCCUGCUGCCCACUGCUAUGCUGGACCUGGAGAUGUGGAGUGUGACGUCUGCUCUGGGAGAAAGCGAAAGGCUGUCAAGUCCUGCCUGGUGUGUCUGUCGUCUUACUGUGAAACUCACUAUACGUCUCACAAUAAUCUCUUCCCAGGCAAGAAACACAAAGUGAUUGACGCUGCUGGUAAACUGGAGGAUCUGAUCUGCUCUCAGCAUGAUAAACUGUUGGAGGUCUUCUGUCGCACUGAUCAGACAUGUAUAUGCGUGUUGUGUGUCAUGGAUGAACACAAAGGGCAUGACACAGUUUCAAUUGCAGCAGAGCGGACAGAGAAACAGAAAGAGCUGGGAAAAACACAGAGAACAUUUCAUGACGUCAUCAAAGAAAAAGAGACUCACCUACAAGACCUCAGAAAGGCUGUAAAAACUCUUCAGGUAAGUUAA